CGAAUAUCUCGACCAAUCCCACGAUGGGUGGUUAGAUGUCGUAUUGUAUUGUUUCCCUGCAUAGGGCAACUGACAAAAAAACCCCUUCUGAUUCGGCCCCCGGAAUCAAUACUAAUAAGAGAAGCAUAUUUUUCGCGAUGUUGAUGUUCUCUCCAUCCAACAACCGUUUCAAUUAACUGCAAUGUACGGCGAAAUGAUAGGGCAGGCAAUCUUAUCACCAUCACGGGGUGCUCCUGAUGUGGGAUUUGAAAAAAUUGCCGCUGGUCUAGCUCUGCUCAUAUUGGCGAUACUCACUGCUAAGCUUGCGCUUCGGACAUACCGUUUAUACAUACAUCCUCUGAAAUCUUUCAAGGGACUUCCAGAGGCAUAUGUGUCGAACAACUGGUUAUACCAAACUAUAAAAAAUGGGACCGCAGAGCAAACAUUUGAGGCUCUCCAUGAGAAGUACAACACAAAGGCUCUUCGAAUUGGACCUAAUGAGCUUCACAUCACCGACAUUGAAUUGUACAAAGUGAUAUAUAACCAGUCGAAGCCAUUUCUCAAGCACGCUCCAUUUUAUAACGGUUUCAACACUCCCCACACUGUUUUUGCUGAGCUUGAACCUCGUCUACACAAAGAACGCCGCCGCAUGCUGAAUCCUUUGUUCUCCAAAGUUGGCGUUUACAAGCUAGAACCUCUUAUCUGUGAGAAGAUCUAUCGGCUGUCAGCCAAAAUUAAUCGGCUUUGUGCGACCAAGGAAAUCGACGUUUACAACGCGUUUCGGCUUCUGACCACAGAUAUUAUUACCGAGUUCGCCUUCGCAAAAUCAGCCAAUCUCAUCGAGGAGAGGCAUGAUGAACUGGAUUCUUGGUUCCUUGACGCUUUUGAUGUCGGCUCCCAGAGUGUCGUGGAUACACAGUAUAGUUCGGUGCUCCGACAAAUUGUGAAAAUCCUACCAGGCGCUGUAGUAAAACUUCUAAAUCCCAAACUUCGCUCCAUUUUGGACCUCCAGGAGUUCGCGGCAAGCUGCAUGAGACACUGGCAAAGAUCGUCCGAGGGCUCUUCUUACCCUGUUAUCUUUGAUAGCCUAAGGUCAAUUUCGGAUGACGCGAAGGUUUUUGAAGCAAUGGAUAUUCUUAUCGCCGGUGCUGACACCACUGCUUCCACCCUUACAACUGGGCUUUUUCACAUCCUUUCCAAUGAAGAAAUCAAAAGCCGUCUUGUGCAGGCCAUCGAUGAGGCCAUGCCAGAACCCGGAUCUCUAAUCUCACUUCAAGCGUUGGAAAAAGUGGAAUACUUGACAGCAUGUGUGAAAGAGUCGUUGAGGGUCGGCAUGGCUGUUCCAGGUCGCCUACCUCGUGUCGUUCCCACCGGGGACCCAUUCAUUGUUGAGGGCAAAGUUGUGCCUCCAGGCACAAUUGUUGGAAUAUCAACAUACACCAUGCACACUUCUGUGAAAGCGUGGGGACCCAAUGCCCGUGAGUUCGACCCGGACCGUUGGAUCGGGCCCGAAUCCAAGGGCUUAGAACAGUGGCUGUGCACAUUUUCAAAAGGUGCAAGAAUGUGUCUGGGACAGAAUGUCGCACCCGCUGAGAUCACUCUCGCAUAUGCCCACAUCUUCCGCAACUUCGAACUUAGUCUCCCCGAAGGACAUGUACACCCGCGUGCCCUUGACCGCUUCACCUUGGCGUACCAGCAGCCUGGGUUACCUGUUGUGUUCAGGCCUCGUCGGUAAAAGUCACUGGGCAUGAGUGACCAAGGAGGCCUAUAUUCCAGCUUACUGUUCAGGGUAAGGCGAUCAAACCCGUGAAGCUUGAAAAAGAUAACUACUUUAUCGGGAAGCCUUUUUGUUGCUGUUUGCGGAACGAGAUCGCAAGUCUAUCUCUUUUAGUAUGUAAACUAAUCGAGUUUCACAUGAGCAGUACGCUGAUAUUCCGGGUACGUGUAGUAAUC